AUGCGGGGCCCGCUGCCCCUCCUCUGCCGGCGUCUUCAGAGAACUCUGGCUGCGGGAGCUCCGGGGAGGGUCAGGCUUUGCCACGAGGCUCCGGCUCCCGCAGCUUCCGGAGGGAGCAAAGGUAGAGCCCAGCUAAGUGUACAACCUACCUUUGGCAUUCUGUUUGAUAUUGAUGGAGUAUUGGUACGAGGAAGGACCCCAAUUCCUGCUGCCCGAAAAGCCUUUCAAAAACUACUUAAUUCUCAGGGACAACUUUUGGUGCCUGUAGUAUUUGUUACUAAUGCAGGAAACUGUCUGUGUCAGAAGAAAGCAGACCAACUGUCCCAUCUUCUUGAAGUUCCAAUUUCCAAAGACCAAGUUAUGAUGUCCCACAGUCCUUUGCGAAUGUUCAGGCGUUAUCAUGACAAAUGUGUUCUUGUAUCAGGACAAGGCCCGCUCCUUGACAUCGCUAAGCAUCUUGGAUUUUGUCGGCCUAUUACAAUUGACAGGUUGCGAGAAACCUAUCCCUUAUUGGACAUGGUAGAUCAUGACAGAAGACCUAAAGUUUUGCACUUACCCACAGUGGAAUUCCCCAAGAUUGAAGCAGUUAUUUUGUUUGGUGAGCCAGUGAGGUGGGAAACCAACUUACAAUUGAUAAUAGAUGUUCUUUUGACAAGUGGCUAUCCUGGAAAUCCUUAUGAACGAACAUAUCCACAUAUUCCUGUAUUGGCUUGUAAUAUGGACUUGAUGUGGGCAGCUGAAGCUCAAUCCCCAAGGUUUGGGCAUGGAACGUUUAUGGUUUGUUUGGAAAAUAUUUAUAAGAAGAUCACUGGCAAAGAAUUGAAAUAUGAAGCAUUGAUGGGAAAGCCUAGUGAAGUCACAUAUCACUAUGCAGAGUACCUCAUUAGGACUCAAGCAUCUGCAAAGCAGUGGAAGAGCCCUGUUCAAACGUUGUAUGCCAUUGGGGACAACCUGAUGACAGAUAUUUAUGGUGCUAAUCUUUACAACCGCUACCUUGAAGAGAGGAUCUCAAGAAGUUCUAAGGCUCAUGUCCAGGCCAAAGCACUAGGGGGCACAAGAUCUGCCACCGUUUCUCAGGAAGAGGAGCUUGAGAAUUCUUGGGAAAAUGAACUUGCAUCAGCUACUGCAACAAGAUGUACGUCUGUUCUUGUUUGCACCGGAGUUUAUAACCCUCACACAGAGGUGCCUUCUGAUACAAGGGAGAACAUCACUGAGACUGUCUUUCAUGGUCACAGGGAUUUCAGAUUUGAUCCUGCUUUAGUAGAACCAAACCACGUAGUGUCAGAUGUUGAAGCUGCUGUUGAUCUCAUCUUCCAACUGGAAAACUUUGCACCACAUAAAAGCUGCAGGACUUCCUAAUGACUUUGUGAUGCUGUUAUAUUCCUUUUCCUUCUGAAAAACUAAGAGGAGUACUUAAUAUCAAACAGUCUCUAACAUACUAAUGUUUUUUAUAAGUAACAUUUCUACUACAUUUCUAAAAAAAAAAAAAAAACAACCCAGAAGAGUACACCCCAUAUAUUUCUUUUCUGCGCCAAUUUAUUUUAAUGACUAAAACGAUUAUGAAUUGUACUUUUUUAAUGAAUUUUCUUCUAAAUAUUGACUCCUGGUUCAGAGAUCCCAGUUUUCAGAUUUAAUUAUUAAUGUUAAACAGAUGUGUUUGGUAGUCAAAAUUGUAAAACAAGUAUGCUAUUAAACUCCAUACAUUGCACUUAAUUCCCAAGGAAUUAAAAUGUCCCUUUCUAGUAUCCAACUUUUUCUUUAUUUCAUUACCUUCCCUUGGGUCAAUGCUCUGUGUGAACCACGAAAACUGUAUGUUGAUGCUUUCCUUUUGUAAUUCGAUUUGAGAUUGAAUGACCAAAUUCAUAAGUGAACAAAAAGGCUUUCCCCAUGGUAGGUAUAUGCAGAAUUGAUUAAAAUGAAUGGGGUUUGCAGGAUAGCAAAUACAAUUUUGCUCAAAUCCCACUUUGAAUAAGCUGCCUAAAGUUGUUUCUGUCAGACUUUGCCCUUUGGGUUUUAUUAUUAAUCAUUCUGGUGUUUUUGCUGCACUGAACAGCAGGAUUUAGUAGUUCCUUGAGCUUUUAGUUUUUACUUGAAACACGACAAGGGCAAUCAGGUACUGAUAAGAUAAUAUUUUCUCUUCCUUUUGCUACUAAAUGUUACAUGCUUAAUUUUUAAGGACUACGUAUCUCAUAAAUGUAAACUAUAAAUUUUAUGUCUUCUUUGAAACUUUCUGUUAACUGCAGCAGUCUGUCCAGUAAAAUAUUUUCUAUUUUAGAAAGCACAAAUUUUUGAUCAGCAUUCUAAUCCCUCUUUAAAGUUUUUUUAGUUGGCAGCUAUCCAUUAUCUCUAAUUUCUUCAUUUUAUUCUUGAGACAGUUAAUGUUCCUAUACGUAUUUUCUUAUCCUGUUUAGUUUUUGUUAUAAAUCUGUGGAAAGAAACUUUAUGAAAAACUUUAAUAGUGCAAGCCCGUAUUGUCUUUUCACACAAACAUUUUAACAUGUGUUACUCUUAAUAAGUUUUAAUAGGAAACCCUACUAAUCUUUUUUCUAGAUUUUUUUUCUUCUGCACAUUUUUCAUCAGUUUAUUUAGAACAUGGCCUCCAUCUGUAUAAUUUUUUGGCUUCCACACUUCUGUUUAUACUUUGUUAUUAAAAUGGCCUUUGUCCACUUAUUAAAUAUGAAGGGCAAACACAGAACUAAUUCAAUAUUUUUGUUACAGCAGUCAUUUACUCUUUUAUGCAAAUCUUUAUUUACCCAGAAGGUUUUGAAUAUCAUCAGUAUUUAAUCAAUUUAUACAUUGUGUUGCAUAGCAAGGAAUAUAAUUUUUGGGGAAAUUUUGGGAAGAUUUGUGUUUUGCUAAGAACACAGUUGUAAAUAAUUUCAUUUGGACUUCAUGUUUCUCUCCUUCACACAUUCAUUUACAGUGUUUCCCCUAAAAUAACACAGGGUCUUA